AUGGGAUCCCGCUGGCGAGAGAUGUUGAUGGACUAUGGUCAAAUCCUAGGAGACAAAUCCAGCCGGUCCAGUAACAGCGCUUUCUUCACUGUGGAUGGAGAUCUGGAUGAGAAACGCAAUGAGGAUUUACAGCUGAGACGAGUUCUGGAAUUGCACUUCCGACCGUUGUUUCAGCGGUUUGUGUAUGGAGGAGAGAAGAUUGCCUGCCAUGACCUCAGACGAGUCCUCCGUGACCCCGAGUACAGAAACCGCCUGCCCCCAGAAAAGGUGCAUGAGCUGGCAGACUUGACCGAUUUCAACAUGGGCCGGGCGGUUGGUUAUGAGGAGUUUGUGAGAAUUGUUCUGGGUAAACGAGAAGACUCCAGCAUUUUUGGAUCCCAGUCUGACUCGAGCGGAAGCAAAGGCUACCUCGGCCGAGCAGCAGGUGUCCUGAGUGUGGUCUGCAGGAACACCACACAUCAGGUCAUGGUGGACGAUCGACUUGCCAAAUAUAAAUGCCUCCCACCGCCGUUCUUUAUGAUUGCUAUAUCUGUGGUACAAAUUGUUGUGUUCAUCAUAAACUCACAAGAGGACGGCGUGAGCGCCUACCCCCUGCAUAACGUCUAUGGCAACAACACCAAGAUCACAACUCUGGGCUGCAACAAGGCCAUGUAUCAUCCAACCAGGCGGCACGAAGCCUGGCGGUUUGUGACUUACUGCUUCCUGCACCCAGGAUAUGUGGAUUUGAUCUUCAACGUCAUCAUACAGAUAGUCUUGGGCUUUCCACUGGAGGUUAUCUUCUCCACCUGGCGGAUGGUUAUAGUUUAUUUCUGUGGAGUUAUUUCUGGCUCCCUGGCCCAGUCUAUCAUAGACCAUUACGUCGGCCUUACAGGGGCAGCUGGUGGAGCAUAUGCCAUCAUGGCCGCUCACAUCAUAUCACUCAUUCAGAACCGCAAACAUCUCAAUAAUGACCAGACUGAGAGCAAACAGAAGAGGUUCUUGUGCAGCAUCACCCUGAGAAUCGUUCUGAUGUUGCUCAUCUUCAUCCCACAAGCAGUCAUCGCUUGCUACAGGCGCUGGUUCUACUCCGACGACUACGAGGGCAGAGUGGGUAUCAUUGCCCACGCAGGAGGCUUACUGACAGGUCUGUUGCUGGGCCAAGCAUUUCUCAAAGACCACAAGAGAUACCCAUGGCAAGAUGGUGCCGGCUGGUGCAACUUAUUUAUGUUCAUGGCUUUGCUUGGAUUUGCUGUCAUCUUCAACAUUGUCUACAGAGGUUACCCCAGGGAGGACUACAGCUGA